AUGUCUACGAUGGCAGAAGCUUCCAUUUAUACAGGUCCCUGGGUAGACUGGUCCCGCGGCAUCAUCGUGGGGAGCACCAUCACGCUAUCCGCACGGUCGGCAUCCGUUCUAACAGCCUUCCUCGCCCUCUUCGUCACCGUCGUUGGCUCCUGCCUAUGGAGGAUCCUCAGCUUCCUCGCCCAUCAAUGCUCCGCCAGUCCGGAUGCUAAAGACGGCAUCUAUCACCAGCACCAACUCGUGUUCCGCAACACGGGUUCCCCUUUUGAGGCUACCAAAUCCUUCACCGAGAUCGCGUGGUAUUGGCGGAAGAAUGUGCGACGGCCAUGGACAAGAUCGCUGCCCCUCGCUCUCUUCGCGCUGGUGUUCCUGCUCGCCUUUGGAGCAGCCUCGAUUCUCACAUCUCUUGUUACCCGUGCGGCAGGCGCUCAACGCCUGAUUGUCAGCGACGACUGUGGGUAUUGGUCGUUCGACGAGUCGGCGACGCUGGAGCAGCGGACCCUCGCAAUGCAGUACAAGGAUCUCAACGAUACGCUAGUGGCGGCAGAAUAUACGCGGCAAUGCUAUGAUCAGAAUACAAGCUUGAACAACAAACUUCGGUGUGGGAUGUAUACCACGCAAUCUAUCCCUUGGUCCUCGGGAGACACGGAUUGUCCCUUUGGUCCUUCAAUCUGCGCUGUGCCGCAGGCUUUCAAGAUGGACACCGGGCUGAUCGACUCGCAUUCCGACCUUGGAAUCAAUGCUCCGCAUGCUGGCCGAGUGGGUUUCCGCAAAGUCACUACCUGCUCGCCACUGACUGUAAAGGACGAGUUUGUUUCUGUCAUCACUUCGACUGGGACCGACGGCCUCGGUGUCGAAGGCGAUCGGAUCAGGAAAUACCAUUAUGGCGCGUACCUUGGCGCGGCCGUUGACACGAACACGACAUACCUGUAUAACCAGCAUGCCUUUAUCGAUGGAUUCGGCUAUGAAGUGAACUCCCUCCAAGUUCCCCUCGACACCACUAACUUCUUGCCCAUUCCUGAACUCAACCCAACGGACGCAGACCUCACCAUCAUCUUCCUCGCGGCUAACGCGAUCAAAUACAACCAUCCCACAUCCGACCCGUUCUUCAGUGCAAAUUUCUACGUCGACCUCGGCUCCUACAUGGGAACCAACCUCUCGUAUUUCUCCGCAGACGAAUACGUCUCCGCCAUGGCAUGUGCAGAUCAAUACCAAUACUGCAACGUCGAGGACAACACGCUAUGUACCCCUCUGACGGGAUACCAACAGGCCUGGACAGCCCUCGGCACCUCCAAGCUCAACCUCAACGACGUACAAUACACGAUCGCCUCCCGCAUUGCGCUCUCCUCCCGCUCGCUCUCGACCUUUCAUUCCAUCUCUGGCCGUGGCGCGUCCGCCCUUCGCGCACAGGAAACAAUCUACGACCGCGUCCAGCAGGUCCCACUGCCGGAUCACCAAUGGCAGAUCGAACUUGCGAACUGGUUCGAGAUCAGCCUGGCGAAGCUCCAGCACGCGGUCGUCGAAUAUGCAGCUCCUAGUGUCAAGACAGAGGACAUGCCUGUCGGAGCGUACCUGCAGAGUCCCGUUGACAUUGUGUCAAAGGCCAUGUGCUCCAGCCAGAAAGUCGCCUUCACAGGCUCGACCAUCAGCUUCAGCGUGCUCGGCGUGGCGAUCAUCCUGGCCGUAGGCGGGGCUAUCGUUCUGCUGCAUCUCGUAUUGGAGCCCCUCGUGGGCUGGAUGCAGCGCCGGUUCCGGUGGGGCGAGUUCCGUCGCGCCCGGUGGAUCAUGGACGACAAGUUCCAAGUCCAGCGUAUGGCGUUCGAGGAGGCGGCAAUGGGCGGCGAGUGGACGAAUCUGGACGGCGGCGUCCCCGUCACGGCGCAGGGAGAUGUCGUCUUCGGCGGCUUGGGCGGCGUGGACCUCGCGGCUCCGCGGCUGGGGAAGGAAUGGGCAGACAAGAAGGACGAGGACGUCGCGAGUGAAGUCGCUACGCCGCCUGAUUUUGAGGAAUCGUCGACGGCUGACAUGGUGCAUGCCGCCGAAGGGUGUCCGGACCAGUCGACUCUGCGGUCUCAGUAUCAAGCGUAUCGGAAGCCGAUGUACCAGGCAUUGCCGGGGCAGGAGAGCUCGUUGGCGAGAUGA